CUGUCUUAAUCCAUCGAAUCUGAAAACUUCAGAUCACACAGUCGAGCUCACUGGGGUCAAUCAGAAGUUGGACGAGUGAAACCAGCAAUCAAAUCUUGGACUCUUGUCAGGAUGCCAGUCAGGAGAAUCGGGAUGCUGUUUGGCUUCUGUGUGAUGUCGUUUGGGUUUUUCCUUAACAUGGGACAGUACACUGCAGCGCAAUCAGAGCUCAGAAUUACAACAAUAAAGCAAGAGCCUUAUACAAUGUCCAAAGGCUCACAGCUGGAGGGCUUUUGUAUGGACCUGCUAUCUGAAGUAGCCAAGAAGCUGGGCUUCAGAUACAGAGUGCAGCUGGUGAAGGAUGGUUCAUAUGGACGACAGGAUGAGAGCGGAAACUGGAAUGGGAUGGUCGGGGAGGUCAUGAGAGGAGAGGCAGACCUUGCGAUUGCUCCGCUGACACUGACUGCAGCUCGGGAGAAAGUGGUAGGGAUGAGCAAACCAUUCAUGCAGACAGGAAUCAGCAUCCUUCUCAGGAAGGACAUCUCAGAGGUGACUGGCUUCUUUGACUUCAUGACACCCUUUACAGCUGAGACCUGGGUGGGCAUACUCGUUGCAUACCUGGGGACUUCAGCAUGCAUCUUCAUUGCUGCAAGACUCAGUCCAUGUGAGUGGAGUCAACCUCAGAGCGAAGCCAACAGAUUCAGCCUCCUUCACAGUUUGUGGUACACAGCUGGAGCUCUGACGUUACAAGGUGCUGGCCCUCACCCUAAAGCUCUUUCAGGGCGUGUUAUCUGCUGCAGCUGGUGGUUAUUUACUGUGGUCCUCCUGGCUUGUUAUUUCUCCAACCUCAGCUCCUCUAAGGCCUCUGAGUCCAGUCAGCUGACAGUAAAAGGGUUUGAGGACUUGGCCAAUCAGGAUAUGAUUGAGUACGGCUGUUUGGCGGGCUCCUCCACCCUUGCCUUCUUUAAGAAUUCAAACAACCCAGUGUACCGAAGAAUCUAUGAACACAUGGAGAGGUCCAAGAGUUUUGUGUCUUCUAUGGAUGAGGGGGUCCAACGUGCCAAAGAGGGCAAUUACGCCUUUAUCGGAGAGUCUGUUUCUUUGGAUUUGGCAGUGGCUCGUCACUGUGAGCUCGUCAGAGCUCAUGAAGUCGUCGGCAUGAGAGGAUACAGCAUUGCAGCCCCUCUUGGUGCACCCAUCAUAAAGAACCUUAGUGUGGCAAUUCUACAGCUGAGCGAGGCGGGGGAGCUGGCCUACCUGCGAAGCAAGUGGUGGGCAAGUAGCUGCAUUGCAGAUAAGGCCAAAUCUUCAUCCAUGCAGCCACACAGCCUGAAAGGGAUGUUUCUGAUUCUCUCUCUGGGCCUGGGUCUGGGAGCACUGCUAGCUGUCCUGGAGCUCACCUCCAAGAGCCGAAAAAGUGCAGCUGAGCAGAAGAAAUCCUGCUGCAUUGUGCUGACUGAAGAAUUGAGUUUGCGUUUGAGGACCAGUGAUGCGAACACACCCCAAGAAACUGAAGCCAAAGAUAAAGAAAAAGUUUAAGCACAUUUUGUCGGCCAUUCUUAAAUUUGGGGUUUAUUUUAGUUUUUUUGUUUGUUUGUUUGGACAGCUGUGAAAGAAUUAUAUUCUAAGAUAUAACAAAGGUAUUAACUUAAUUGAAGCCUCUUUUAAUCAUAAAGGUGUAUCAGGUAAACACAAACAUUACAUUUAUUAAUAAAAUGACUCACAGUGUAUCAAAAUAAUCAAUUUAUUGAUCAAGUAUCAACCAAGUAUGAAUGCUACAAUUUCAAUGAAAAAGCAAAUACUGUAGUUGAAAUGUUUAGAAAAACAAUUAUUAAAAUAAUUUAUAAUAACACUUUAAGUCAUUGUGCCUAACAUA